AUGGAGCCGCGUGCCGAUGGUGCCGAAUGCGGCGUACAGGUUUUCUGUCGUAUUCGUCCGCUCAACAAAACCGAAGAAAAGAACGCGGAUCGAUUUUUGCCGAAAUUCCCGUCGGAGGAUAGUAUAUCGCUUGGGGGAAAAGUCUACGUGUUCGACAAGGUGUUCAAGCCCAACACCACCCAGGAGCAAGUCUACAAAGGCGCCGCCUAUCAUAUUGUGCAAGAUGUGUUGUCGGGCUACAAUGGCACGGUAUUCGCCUACGGUCAAACGUCGUCGGGAAAAACGCACACGAUGGAGGGUGUGAUUGGCGACAGCGGCCUUCAGGGCAUCAUUCCGCGCAUCGUCGCCGACAUUUUCAAUCACAUAUACAAUAUGGACACCGAGCUUCAAUUCCACAUCAAAGUCUCGUAUUAUGAGAUUUACAACGAGAGAAUUCGCGAUUUGUUGGAUCCUGAGAAGGUGAAUUUGUCGAUUCAUGAGGAUAAAAAUCGUGUGCCUUAUGUGAAAGGGGCCACCGAGCGAUUCGUCGGAUCGCCGGAAGAAGUGCUGCAAGCGAUAGAGGACGGAAAGUCGAAUCGAAUGGUGGCGGUAACAAACAUGAAUGAGCAUUCAUCAAGAUCGCACUCAGUGUUUCUCAUCACUGUCAAACAAGAGCAUCAGACAACCAAAAAACAAUUGACAGGAAAAUUGUAUCUUGUCGAUUUGGCCGGUUCUGAGAAGGUCAGUAAAACUGGAGCUCAAGGAGCGGUGCUCGAAGAAGCGAAGAAUAUCAACAAAUCGCUUACCGCACUUGGAAUUGUGAUCUCGGCGUUGGCUGAAGGAACGAAAUCCCAUGUGCCCUAUCGUGAUUCGAAAUUGACGCGUAUUCUCCAAGAAUCGCUUGGUGGCAACUCGCGAACGACGGUGAUCAUUUGCGCGUCGCCGUCGCACUUCAACGAGGCCGAAACGAAAUCGACGCUGUUGUUCGGCCAACGCGCCAAGACGAUCAAGAACGUCGUGCAAGUCAAUGAGGAGCUCACCGCCGAGGAAUGGAAGCGGCGAUACGAGAAGGAGCGCGAGAAGGUCACGCGUCUCACCGCGCUUCUACAAGCCGCCUCGCUCGAGUUGUCGCGUUGGCGCGCCGGCGACACCGUCGGCGAACACGAAUGGAUCAAUUUGUCGGAGACGACGCAACUCGCCAUCUCGGAGGUGUCGGGCGGCUCGACGCCGCUCAUGGAGCGCUCGAUUGCGCCGGCGCCGCCGAUGCUCACCUCGGGAUCGGGACCGAUCACCGACGAGGAGAAGAAGAAGUACGAGGAGGAGCGCGUCAAACUCUAUCAGCAGCUCGAUGAGAAGGACGACGAGAUUCAGAAGGUCUCGCAAGAGCUCGAGAAACUCCGCCAACAGCUUCUCAUGCUCGAGGAGUCGAUUCAAGGAAUGCGCGAGAACGAGGAGAUGAUUCGCGAGGAGAACGCGCGAAUUCAGAAGGAGGCCGAAGAUAAGCAGCAAGAGGGCAAAGAAAUGAUGACCGCUCUUGAGGAGAUCGCGGUGAAUCUCGACAUUCGUCAAGCCGAAUGCGAGAAGCUUAAACGAGAGCUUGACGUCGUCCAGGAGGAGAAUCAAUCGCUCGAGGAUCGAAUGAAUCAGGCGACGUCGCUUCUCAACGCACAUCUCGACGAGUGUGGUCCGAAGAUUCGGCACUUCAAAGAAGGAAUCUACAACAUCAUCCGAGAGUUCAACAUUGCUGAUAUUCCACAUCAGAAUGAUCAGCUUCCGGAUCACGACCUUCUGAACCACGUCCGAAUCGGAGUGUCGAAGUUGUUCUCCGAGUACUCGGCGGCGAAGGAGACGAGCAGCGCUGCCGAGCAGCAGGCGGAAACGAAACUUGCUGCCGAUGUGGCGCGCGUCGAGAAUGGACAAGACGCCGGCCGAAUGAAGCAGCUUCUUGUGAAGGAUCAAGCGGCGAAAGAGAUCAAACCGCUGUCGGAUCGCGUCAACAUGGAGAUCAACACGCUGAAGAAUUUGAAGAAAGAGUUCUUGCGGGUGAUCAUGGCGCGAUGCCAGAUGAACCAGGAGACCGAAGGCGAGGAUCAGCUGAGCGGACCGGCGCAGAAGCAGCGCAUUCAGUUCCUCGAGAACAACCUCGACAAAUUGACGAAGGUGCACAAGCAGCUCGUUCGCGACAACGCCGACCUUCGCGUUGAGCUUCCGAAGAUGGAAGCGCGUUUGCGCGGCCGCGAGGAUCGCAUCAAAAUGCUUGAAGUGGCUCUUCGCGACUCGAAGAACCGCAGUCAGGCGGAGCGAAAGAAGUACCAGCAGGAGGUCGAGCGAAUCAAGGAGGCGGUUCGACAGCGCAACAUGCGGCGAAUGAACAUGCCGCAAAUCGUGAAGCCGAUCAGGCCGGGACAGGUGUACUCGGCGAUGUCGCCAGCCGCCUCCGCCGCUUCAACGCCGCCAACUCAAAAUGGUACGCAAAAAAUGACAAUUUCCCAAUUAAUUGCCGAGAUUUGA